AGACUUGUAACCUGAGGGCUCCAUCUGACCUUCUCCUGCAUUUAACACAACUCAGAGGUCAGAGCUGAAGAACAAGAUUUUCAGUACCUUUUCACAUUGUUUUAUAUGGGACCUCUGGGCACAAAUUGGCUGCGAUGUUUCGAACAACUGGGCACUCUUCAGAAUUACUUAAUUGGCUGUAAAGUAUUCUGUAAAGGCAUUAUACAAUUGCCAGUUCGUUAUCUCAUGCUGAGAGCUGACAUGGCUUCAAAACACAAUGGAUUAUUCCUCAGAAUAUGCUGCUCAUAUUCAAAUCGAAAAACAUGGCCUACUUUGCAUACCGCUCCAGCACGGCUCUGCGGCUGACACGUAAAAGCCACAAUCCUGCCGGUGUAAAUUACAGCCUUUGCUGCAGAUGGUGCAUCCCCCGAUGUCGACGAGUCUUAUUGUUUGAGUUCCUCAACAUAAGAUCAGAUCAUGCAUCAAGACAAUCCUUUAUACGCUGCUGACAUCACCGAACAGCUGGCCAAACAAUUUGCCUUUCGAUCAGGUGGUCGAGGAGAAGGUGGGUGUCCAAUUAUAACCUUUCCUGAAUAUCCUAACUUCACUGAUAUCCCUGAAGAGGAAUUCCAGAAUGUUGUUUCCUAUCUGACCAGCAUUCCAAGCCUUCAAGAUGGUGGCAUUGGAUUUAUUUUGCUCAUAGACAGGAGGCAAGACAAAUGGUCCUCUGUGAAGGCAUCGCUGCUGAGAAUUGCGGGAUCAUUUCCAGGGAAUCUUCAAUUAGUCUUCGUACUUCGUCCUUCAGGAAUCUUUCAGCGAGCAAUCUCUGACAUUAACCUGAGAUUCAACCGAGAUGAUUUUAAACUGAAGGUACCGGUCAUAAUGCUGAAUUCAAUCUCAGAAUUACACAGCUACAUCGACAAAACACAAUUGACAGAGGAACUUGGGGGGACCCUGGAGUAUUGCCACACUCAAUGGUUCGGCCAUCAGACUGCUAUUGAGAGUUUUGCUGUCAAAGUGAAGGAAACUGCACAGGUGCUUCAGACAUUUGGAACAGAACUUGCUGAAUCUGAAUUGCCAAAUGAUGUAACAGCAACUUUGCGUCUUGUAACAGUACACACAGAAAAGCGAGACAAGAUGAAGAAUGAUAUAAGCCAGACACGAAGCCAAGGUUAUUGCCUCUUCUCCUGCAUUCACGAACCUGUGAACAGAAAUCCAGGGCAUCUGCUGAACAUAGAUGAACUGGAUAAUCGGAGCACAGUGGAACGGUUGAUUGCUCAAUUAAAUGAGACUGAAAUGGCCUUUGAUGAGUUUUGGGAUAAGCACCAGCUGAAGCUUGAGCAGUGCUUGCAACUCCGACAGUUUGAGAAAGAUUUCCGAGAGAGUAAGGCAGCUUUGGAUAUCAUAACAGAACGGUACAGUAUUUUCACAGAUGUUGGAAACAGCUCGACUCAUGUGGGCCACAUAAUCAGGGAACUUUGCAACCUUGAAGAAAAAUCUCAGGAAGCACUGGACAGAGCAGAGGCCUUGACUGUCCAGGGAGAUAAGCUGAUAGAGGAUAAUCAUUAUGCUCUGGAUACAAUAAUCCCCAAAUGCAACGAACUGAGAGGUGUCUGCGACAAUCUAAUGAAUGGAAUAAAAAUUAAGAAGGAAUUGCUUAAUCAAUCAAUGGAGUUGCACACGAGGCUGGAACAGGCCAUGCAGUGGUGUGACUCUGGGAUUUACCUACUGGCUUCGCAACCUGUUGAUAAAUGUCAGUCCCAAGAUGGGGCAGAGGCUGCCUUGCAGGAGAUCGAAAGAUAUUUGGAUACUGCCACAGGCCCGAAGAUGGAGGAUCUGGCCAGCAUUCGCACCAAGUAUGCAGCAAUCCUUGGAGACGAUCUCAUGAACCAUGUCCUGAAAAUCUUCCAGAAACAGGAGGCAAUGGAGGAGAUGUUUGAAAAACGGCGUGUGAGCCUGAAGAAGCUGGCUGCAAAGCAAACCCGUCCUGUCCAACCAGUGGCUCCCCGACCAGAGGGAGUUCUAAGGUCUCCCAUGCUUCUCUCCACGACAGAUAACAGAAAAGGAUAUGAGCCCAAUUCCAGCCACAAAGUAAAUGUAACCCAGAUUAAUCUGCUUAAAAAAAACAGAAGUCUUGCAAAGAUUGAGAUGAAUGAGCUUGGCGAUGGAAGGAAAUGUUCCCCAUCAGAUGAUGAGGAGAACCUUGCAGUGUUAAGGAGCCACGUAAUGAAUGAACUGAUUGAAACUGAACGAGCGUAUGUAGAAGAAUUGCUCUGUGUGCUUGAGGGCUAUGCUGCUGAAAUGGAAAACCCCUCAAUGAUUCCAUUCAUCCCGAUAAUUCUGCAGAAGAAGAAAGAUGUGCUCUUUGGAAACAUGCCUGCAAUUUAUGACUUCCAUAACAGAAUAUUCCUAAGGGACUUGGAAAAUUACAUUGACUGCCCGGAGUUGGUGGGACGAUGUUUCCUGGAUAGGAUGGAAGGCCUUCAGAUUUAUGAAUGGUACUGUCGCAAUAAACCUCGCUCAGAAAGUUUGUGGAGGCAGUGUUCAGACUGCAUCUUUUUCCAGGAAUGUCAGAAGAAGUUGGAACACAAGCUCGGCCUGGAUUCCUAUCUGCUCAAACCUGUACAGCGGAUAACAAAGUACCAGUUACUACUGAAGGAGCUGCUGAAGUACAGCAAGAACUGUGAGGGAGCAGAGGAUCUACAGGAAGCACUGGCAGCUAUUGUUGGAAUCCUGAAAGCUGUGAAUGAUUCAAUGCAUCAGAUCGCUAUCACGGGAUACGAGGGAAAUUUAAAUGAACUUGGCAAGCUUUUAAUGCAAGGUUCGUUCAAUGUGUGGACAGACCAUAAGAAGGGCCACGCAAAAGUCAAAGACCUAGCAAGAUUCAAGCCAAUGCAGAGACACUUGUUCCUCCAUGAAAAGGCAUUACUCUUCUGCAAGAAAAGAGAAGAAAGUGGGGAAGGAUAUGACAAAGCCCCUUCCUACAGUUAUAAACAAUCCUUGCAUAUGACCACUGUUGGUAUCACUGAGAAUGUUAAGGGAGAUAGUAAAAAGUUUGAGAUAUGGUACAAUGCAAGAGAAGAGGUUUACAUUGUGCAGGCAGCAACCCAGGAAAUUAAAAACAUAUGGGUGAAUGAAAUAAGAAAAGUCUUAACAGGCCAGCUGGAAGCUCGUAGAGUUUCUAAUCAGCAUUUAAAGUUUGAGCAUUUUCCAGUGGCUCCUUUGGCUCUACCCAUUAACACCAGCCCCUUGUGGAGCCCACAGAAAGUGAAAAGACCUGAAAUUGUGAGCCCAGAUAAUCACAGUAUUUCAGUAACCUCACCAAAGAAACCAGAGCAAGGGAAAGGCUGGACCAAAAUGGCACGUCCACUUGAUGUACCAGAAGAAAACAACGAUGAAUGGUCCAGUGCUGAUGACCAACUCAAUUCUUCAGACUGUGAGGAGGAAACUAGUAGAAAGUUGCUUCCUGGGAAGUACACAGUUACAACGAACUUUGGGAAGUCAGGGGGAGAUGAGCUGACUGCACGUAUUGGUGAUCUGUUACAGCUGAUCUGUGCGGGUCAGGAUGCUCAAUGGCUCGUCAGAAAUCUUAACACAAAUAAAGAAGGCUGGGUCUCGGCUACAAACCUGCAGACACUGCUGGGGGAUUCCAAUUCUUUCCAGCCGAUAAGCAGCUCAGAGUCAGCAAGUGCUUCGAGUACUCUGAGUUCUUCUUCAAGCUGCACUGAGCAUUGCACUGCUAGUGGCACCAGCACUGCUGAUAUUAAGGGCUAAUGACUCUGAAUAUGUGUAAAAUUGGUGGUCCUUCUCAAAGUUCUCCCUUCCUGAAGUAACCUGCACCGAGGUAGAAAGUGAUUUGUCCUGCAGCUUCUGCUUCUCACCCGGCUUAUGGUCGAUGCCUACUGUCGUUUUAACAUUCACCAAAGCUUUUCUUGGAGUGGAGGUUAUGACCAAUAUCUCUGGCGAUGAAACUAUGGGCCCUCAACAGUGCAAAGCCCAGAGCUAAAGAACAUCCAUAGAUAACUUGUCGUCAAUACUGGAGGCUGCAGUACGUGAAGCUGAGGGGUCAUGGCUGUUUCUGAUGCACACAAAGUGAAGAUAUUAGCUCAGGGAGCAUUGUAGAUCGAAGUGGAGCGAUGGGGGCAAUAAUGUGAGGCCAAAUACAGAAUAAAUAGUCUUGGGAUUACUCAUCAGGGAAACAACAAUGACAACAAAUAAGGUACCAGUGUUAAGGUACUUCAUCAGGAGCUUUGGAUAUGCAUAUUUCUGGGAAAUUGGCAGUAAUAUUAAGUUGCACUUUAUGGUAUUUGGCUGUGAUUUUCAGAUGCUUCUAAACUCGUGUCCAUCACAUAACUGUUUCUAGGACAUAAUGCCCAACACUGGAAUCACUUCUUCGUGACCAUUGUGAGAGAAUCUGAUCUAGAAACUUUGAACUGUUGCCAUUUUAAGGUGAAGUUUUUAAUGAGUAUUUAAUAGCUUCCUUGGUAUUGUUUUGUUUAUUUAUCCAUCUGUUGAUGCAAUGUGCUUGCCCCUGCUGCUUUGUAACCUACCAUUUCCCCUUUGCAGUAAGGGGGGGGGGGUUAAAGUCCCAAAACCAUGACUAUAAAGAUGGGAAAACUGACGAAAUGGUCAAAUGAUGUAUUAGCAUCUUGUGCCAGCAGUGCUUAUGUUACAGAUUGAGCAUUGUUUCCAACGUCCUUCAACCCUGAUGCUUGAAUACAUUGUAUGCAAUAAAUUUGAUCUUGGCUAUGACACAAGCUUGAGAAAUGCUUUCUGGAGACCAUAUAUGACUUGGGUGCGAAUUGCACACAGAGAGACCUGCCUGCCGCCCCACACCCAGUAAAUAUGAUUGGGCAUUCAGUGUCACUCUCACCGGCAGCCGAGUCAAUCUCUGACGGGCAUUGAUGGCCUCAUUUGUGGCUGAAGUCAUAGUUGUCAAUUGGCCUUUUUGGAUUUUGCUGGUUCCAAUAUUUGGCCUUGUUGUAGUAGUAGUAUCCACAUAUCACACAGAACUUGCAAUGCAAUAUAUUUCAUAGCACCUUUGGUUCUGCACACUCUGCUCUCUUUUUCAGUGAUGUCUGUCAUUUUGAUCUUGUCCAAGUUGUGUCCAAUGGUAUUUUGUGUAUGGAAGCAUGUGUACAAUAAAGGAAGCAAUAAUAACA